CCACCAUCCCUCUGGCCUGUGACGAGAGUCCAGCACACUGUCAUGGCAUUUACUCAUUCAACAAAUAUUUAUUGAGCAUCCACUAGGUGUCAGGUGCUGGGGAUCCUGUAGUCCCUGCCCUCUGGAAGCUUACACUCUAGAGGAGCAGGUCCCAGACUUUGCCACCUGACUUGCCCUCUGUCCAGCCUCUGGGGCGAUGGCAGGGCCUAUGGAGGCCCUGAGCAAGGCCGUUCGAAGCUGUGGGGAGCUAAGUGGGAAGUGCCAGAGUACGUCCCCCAGUGGGAUCUCGGAGCUGGCUAAGGCUGGGACUCCGGGCUCGUCAGUGGCAGGACCUCCCUGGGACUACUGAGCUGCUGGAGGGAGUGCCAGCUGGUGGUGGUGGCAGGAGGCAAGGAGGCUGGGUGGGAACUGGGUGGGGCUCUGGGUGUGAUUCAGUGACUCUGACCUCUGCUGAGGGCCUACUGUGUGCCAGACUUGGAGACAUGUAUGUACCUCACCUCACAGAGGAGCAAACAGGCCCACAGAGAUUAAGUGACAGGUCCACCUAGGAAGAGGGGAAGGCGGGAUUUGAACUGAGAGCUGACUCCAAAGACCUGUGACCUUAAACCGUGGGCAGUGGCACUAGAACAAGAUGUGUUCUGGCAUUUGCUGACCAACAGCAUCAGUCAAGUCAAACAAGUAAAAAAUAAACGUCAGCGUGGAGGCUUCUGGCCUAGUCAGGAUCUGGUGCUGACACUCAGCCCUGGAACUAAUGUCCUUUGUGAGGUGGCGCUGGGAGUUGGCAGCGGGUUCCAUCCGCUGGGGGAGGGGCAGCAGAAGCAGGGACCUGCGACCCGAGUGGGAGAUGGCUCUACACCACAGGGCUGGGCUGAGCCUCUUCUUCCUCUCCCUCAUCCUGGCCUCUUCACUCCUCCACCCCCAGCCGCUGAGGCCGCAGCGAUCUGUUCCUGAGGACUUUUCGGCCCCACUGGAACUCCCACAGCCACUGUCCGGCCUGGUGGACGACUAUGGGAUCCUACCCAAGCACCCAUGGCCACCAGGGCCUCGCCCCCUCCUCUCCCGGGCCCAGCAGCGCAAGCGGGACGGACCAGACAUAGCUGAGUAUUACUUCGACACGCGCCGGUGAUGGGAAGGAGCCUCUUAUAAAGCUGUUCUGUGCAGCAAAGCCUUGGGCUUUCCUGGGACGGAAACGCGCUGAGUGUGGGAAGGGUCCAAGUAGAUACACCCACCGCGGUCCAGACAGGAAAUGGCACUUUAAUAGUUGUGGCCAGCGUGACAGGACCAAGAUGGGGCUACAGCCGAAGCAGCCAAGAGGCCGGGCU